AUGGAAGAUCUUUAUGAACAAACAAUAGAAAGAAGCGAGCAAAUAAAAAAAGCUGGCUAUAAUUUAAUAGAAAUGUGGGAAUGCAAUUGGAUUAAAUCUAAAGAAUAUAAAGAAGAAAUGAAACAAAUUAAAAGCAAAAAUAAAGAAAUUGAAGAACUUAAUCCUAGAAAUGCAUUCUUCGGAGGAAGAACUAAUGCUACAAAACUGAAAGUUAAUGAAAAGAAAAUGAAAUAUAUAGAUAUUUGUAGUUUAUAUCCAACAGUACAAUGUUAUGAUGAUUAUCCAGUUGGACAUCCUACUAAAAUAUUCAAACCUCCUACAUAUAAUUCAAAAUGGUAUGGUUUAAUAAAAUGUGCAAUUUUACCACCAAGAGGUUUGUAUCACCCUGUUUUACCUGUUAAAAAUAAAAAGAAAUCUGGCGAUGAAAAACUAACAUUUCCAUUAUGUCAGUUGUGUGCAAAAUUAAAUAAUCAAAAAGAUAAAUGUACUCAUACGGAAUCUCAAAGAAUUAUCAGAGGAACCUGGUGUACAAACGAAGUAAAGAAAGCAAUUGAAAAAGGAUACAAAAUAAUAACUAUUGAUGAAGUUUGGCAUUUUGAACAAAAAUCGAGUUAUUUGUUUAAAGGAUAUGUAAAAGCAUUUAUGAAAAUAAAGUUGGAGACAAGUGAAUGGAGAAAUGAUUUUGAAUCAGAAGAAGAAUAUAGAAAAGCCGUAAAAGAAAAUCUAAGUAUUGAAUUGGGUAAAAUAGAAAAUAAUCCUGGAAAGAGAGCUGUUGCAAAAAUCUGCUUAAAUUCCUUAUGGGGUAAAUUUGGUCAAAGACAAAAUAUGGGGGCAACAGAAUAUGUUACAGAUAUUAAGAGAUUUUAUAAGAUUUUAUUAGACGACAGACUUGAUAAUAUACAUAUCAAUGAAUUAAACGAAAAUAUGUUACAAAUUGAUUACGAGUAUAAAGGCUGCUAUUUAGAAAAUGAUUUUAAUACCAAUAUAUUCAUAGCUGCUUUUACAACUGCAAAUGCUAGACUAAGAUUGUACGAAAUGUUAGACAUAUUAGGAGAAAGUGUAAUAUAUUAUGAUACAGAUAGCAUUGUAUAUAUAGAUAAUGGUAAAAACACUGUAAAAACAGGAUGUCUAUUGGGAGAUUGGACCGUUGAAUUAGGUAAGGACGUAUGGAUUGUUGACUGGGUAUCAACAGGUCCAAAGAGUUAUUGUUAUAAGACUAAUACAGUUACCACCGAGGUAGAAGAGACCGGAGGGAGCGUACCGUAUGCUAGCAAUCCGCCAAUAUUUGCCAGCCCGACGCAAACGCGCACCUACACUCAACAGCUGACAGGGUUUGGAUUUCCAGUGGCGUACUAUCACGUAACACGUGCUGUUUAUAUGCAGUUGUUCGUUCUUGAGUUUGAAUUUAGUUGUGCUGUUUUAGUUUUGGACGCGUUAGUGGUGUUUUUAAUUUGA